AUGAUGUCUCGACGACUUGCUUCGGCUUCGACGCGGCGCGUCCUCGGCUUCGGUGCCAACCCCGUCCCCGUCGUCCAGAAGCGAUUCUUCUUCCCCCCAUCAAUUAACUCACGGGAGGUUAUCAACGAAAAAUAUCCCGACUACCCUAAGCUGACCGAUGCCGAGGAUCCUGGAAUGAAUGGCGGCUACAUCAACCCUCCCGCGAUCAAGAGACAAUUCCGUGACCCCUAUGGCGACUGGUGGGAUACCCAGGAGAGGAGGAACUUCGGCGAACCCGUCCACGAGGAUAAUGAUUUGCUGGGCAUCUUCUCCCCUUACGAGUACGACUGGACGACCCCCGGCAAGGGUGCCGUGAUGUUCGCGACCGCGACGGCCGUUCUUCUCUCUGCAAUUGGGCUUGUAUACCUGACAUAUCCCGACAUGAAGGCCGUUCCCAAGGAAUACGUCGACGGUUUGGAGCGGGAGCUUGGUGGUUCGGGAGCCGUGAGGGCAAGGAAAGCUGGUGAUCCGGAUCCUUGA